AAUACUGACUGUUGUUUUUAAUUGCUCGUAAUUACUUUAAAAGUUAUGUUGCCAAUAUUGCACAAGAUUUUGUUAUGUUUUGUUUUUAUCUCGGUUGUUCAAAGCUACAAGGUUUUAAUAGUGUUUCCUGGAUUGUCACCGAGCCAUUUUUUUCUUGCAAAUUCCUUAGGGAGAGCAUUGGUCAAAAAGGGCCAUGAGGUCACUAUGGUGAGCCCUUAUGAAGAUAAACAACCGCUUACUGGAUAUAAAGAAGUUGUGCUGACUGACUUUUUAGCAGACGACGACGCUUUAGAAGCAGCUGACAUAGAUGAUAUGUUUAAAUUUGAAAAUAUUAAUCUAUUUUCACAAGUUUUGUUUUUUAACAAAUUUAUGACUGAAAGCAGCAAGGCCACGUUGAACCAUCCGAAUCUUCAAAAACUUCUGGAAUCAAACGAAAAAUUUGACGUUAUAAUUCUCGAACAAUUUAAACAGGAAGCUUUGCAUGUUCUACAAUGCCACUAUGAAGCUCCAUUAAUAUUACUAAAUACGUUGGGGGCGAACGUUUGGAUCAACCCGUAUGUCGGCAAUCCUGCUCCUCCGUCAUACAUUCCAGAUACUUUUAGUCAGUACUCAGAAAAGAUGGAUUUCUGGGAAAGGGCAUUUAAUUCGAUUUUAAUACUAUUUGAACGAGUUCUGUUGUAUUUUUCAAUACAUCAAAAUCAAUAUGAAAUGGCUAUCUCAAAGUUUCCUCAUUGCGCAAAUGAAAAUUUUUCAAACAAUAUAUCUCUAGUAUUUUUAAAUGCUCACGAAAGCACAACACAAGCGGUGCCUUUAGUGCCAAAUAUGAUUAACAUUGGUGGAUUUCAUAUCGGGGAACCCAAAGAUUUGCCAACAGAUUUGAAAAAUAUAUUAGAUAGUGCUAAAGAAGGUGUAAUCUACUUUAGUUUGGGUUCUAAUGUUAAAAGUUCAGAUAUUAACUCAGAUAUAAAGCAGGCAAUUUUAAAAUCCUUGGGAAAACUUACGCACAAGGUACUGUGGAAAUACGAGGAUGAAAGUCUUAAACCCCCGAAAAAUGUCGAAAUACGGAAAUGGUUACCUCAACAAGAUAUUUUAGCUCAUCCAAAUGUCAAACUAUUUAUUACACAUGGAGGUCUUCUUAGUAUGACGGAGACUGUACAUUAUGGAGUUCCUGUUCUAGUAUUGCCAGUAUUAGGAGACCAAAAAAUGAAUGCUGCUAAAGCAGAGCAUGCAGGUUAUGGAAUUAAAAUACCAUUUUCACAAAUAACUGAAGAACGACUUACCAAUGCGUUAAACAAAUUACUAAAUGAUUACAAAUAUUUGGAAACAGCACGAAAACUAUCAACUUUAUCUCGUGAUCGCCCGGUGAAACCAAUGGAUUUGGCUAUUUACUGGAUAGAAUAUAUUGCAAAACACAAAGGGGCUCCUCAUUUACGUGUAGCAGCACUAGAUCUUACCUGGUACCAGUAUUUGCUACUAGAUGUCAUUGCAUUUGCAGUUAUUGUAGUUGGCAUUGCAUUUACAACUAUCUAUGUUCUGUGUAAAAAGUGUUUUUGUAAAAAGAUCAAAAAAUUCAAAAGAGAUUAAAAAUAUGUUAAAAUUAAUUUUGUAAAUAAAUAUUUAUAUUUUGUUU